GUCAGCAGUAUCCUCGGGCUGAGGGAGGUUGCAAAGGAAUUGAGCCCCACUGGGGAAGCAGGUGGGGUGGGUUAUGGUUGAGGCACACCAAGAACAUGUGUACUUAUCCUGAAGCAAGAAACAGGAAAGAAUCUCCUGAUCAGCGGCCUCACCUUCGGGUCCCCAGCUGGGAGUAUGAGGACUACAACACUGUCAGCAGAGCAGAAAGUGCCCAGAGGCAGAAUGGCAUUGACUAUGAUUGGGAUAAGAAACAUAGAACCAGAGAACUGUAUGGCACCACAAGGCCAGUGGGCAGAACCUGUGGUCGUUCCAGGAAUGAGGAGAUGUUGUACAGAGACCAUGAAAUGGCCCAAGUCUACCAGAAGUAUAGGAAGACAGAGACACAAUUUGUGGACCAGAGGAGGACAAACAGGACCAGUCCAUACAUAGAAUGUGAUACAGUAGACCAUCCGGAAAUAGAUGGGUACUGCACAGACUGUGAAAAGGCCUCCACUAGAGUAACCUUUAGAAAGACUCACAAUUUGUAUAAGGAUUACUUGCAUCUGGAUGCUGACUUUAGGACCUUGAGGAAUGGGGAUAGUCAGGAAAUGAACCACUGGAGAAAAAGUAGAGACUACAAGGACCAUCAGAAGGAGGAUGAGUUGUACAGUUUGGAUAUACACCAUAAGAAGAGGAGUGACAGGUAUGUAGAGCACAGUAAACCAGACAAGAAAUUUUGUGAGAAGCAGGAGAGACAUGAAGAUCCUUGCUGUGCCCACCACUCAAAGGGGACUUCUGACAGCUCUCCUGUGGAUGAUACAAAUUUGUUUUUUUCCUCGGAAGACUCAGUUUCCUCAUCCUUAGAAUGCAAGAACAGCAAUCAAAGAUUAGAGUCUAGAUGUGAAUCAGCCAAAUGGCAAUUUGUGAAAGACAACGAAUCUGGGGAGAUGGAAACAGUAACUGAUCAGUCCAGAACACCAGGCUUUCAGGUGUGGAAUGGUGGCUGUCCAAGAACCCGUGCAGGGCGGUCAGACUGGAGUCUAGACUGGGAGGAUGAAGCUGGAUGGGCAGGUGGCACAGAAGCUUGGCAGAGAAACAGCUGUUACCGCCGAACAGCUCCUAGUGCCUUGAGGCACCAUGUAAAAGCAAAACAAGGCUGCUGCCGGCGUGCGGAUAAUCACUCACUCGCUCAUCUCAGAGUUUUCAGUCAUUGGACGUACAUACAGCAAACCUGCACAAUGGCUGAAUCCAUGCAGAUCAAAAGGAGAGGAGGCAGAGGAAUUUCCUGGACCAGACAGGAAACUCUGGAUUUGAUCUCCUUGUGGGGUGAAGAAAAAGUCCAGGAACAACUCCGAGAUUGUCAUCGAAACAUCAAUGUUUUUGAAAAAAUUGCAGAGAAAAUGCAAGAAAAAUCACAUGAUCGCACUGCUGAAGAAUGCCGCACAAAGAGCAAAGCACUCCGAAAGCAGUACCGGGAGGUCACAGACCACAUUUCACAGAAUGGAGGUGGUACAGUGACUAUGCCUUUUUUUGAACAGCUGCAUGCCAUUCUUGGCGGCGAUGCCACCAUCCACCCAAAGCAUGUUGUAUGGAGCGCAACCAUCCCUCAUGUGCCUGUAGGGCAGGCCCCUUCCAUACAACCCGUCUUAGCUUCCACCCAUGAUAAAGACUUGCAGGACCUCUUUGGCGCUGAACAAGGUCAUGCUGACCUCACUCACACUCUGGAUGAGGAGACAGUGGUGACCCUGUGUCCAGUGGAUCCAGAACCCAACCCACCAUCUGUUUCCUUGGCAGAGACCAGCAUUCCUUGCUCUACCCUAGCUAGUGAAACCAGGGAACCAGAUUCAGGCUAUGAACUUAUGUGGAGUUCUGGAGCACCCGAGCAUGAUGUUUCUGUUGCCAACCAUAAGACCAUAAUAUCUCCAGCAGAAAGGCUUGCUGAGCACCGCAGACGAAGGGAGCGACGGACGGCGCGGGACAAUGUUGACCGUCUCAUAGACCAUGGCACAGAGCAAAUGAAUCGCCUCCUCACCCAUUUACGGGAAGAGGGAAAAGAGUAUUUUGCUUUUAGAAAGAGGGAGGAGGAGAGGCAGAGGAUUGAGGAGGAGAGGACCAGCAGGGAUAGGGAGCGCAUCACUAACUGUAUAGAGAUGCAGACUGCGCUUCUGGAUAAACUUGUACAGUACAUAACCUGUCAGGAUAAAGCUGAAAAGGGAAACGUGCAGGAAAAGAGACAGCCAUCAUCCCAUUCAGAAAUUGUAGCUGAUGGUCUGUCUGAGAAUGAUGUUCCAGGGACCUCUGCAACACUCUCACAAGUGCCACAAUUAGUUACAACCACUAGGAAAGGUGUCAGGCAGAGAAAGGUGCUUACUCCUUACUCCACAUAAUCAACAAUGGUCCCCUAAAAUUUACUCUCAUUGCAUAUGCCUUUAUGCUUGGUAUUUGCAAAUAGUCAAGUCUAACAACUUCAAAAAUAUGUGUAUGCCCACACACAACACACAUGCACACAUAUAUAUGUAUGCAUGUCUUUAUACGUGUGUGUGUAUUUGUCUAAUUUUAACUACCUUAUGGCAUUGCCUAAAAUUAGUUUAAUAUUUGGAUUGUUUGUAUACUUAUAAAUAUAUAUAC